AUGGCGACGGCAUCGGAAAAGGCAAGAGGAAUCGGCGGAGGUGAUCGAACGGCGAAAGCAAUAGUCGCCGAUCAGAUCUCACAAGCCGUUAAUUCUACUGCUAACCUUCUCCACCUGAUGAGUCAAUCGUCUUCUUCUCAGGCUCAAUUAGCAAAGCUCCCGAAGAAUCUUUUGGCGAAAGCUUCCUUGACUAAGGCAACUGGACAAGCCUUGGCGCAGCUUCCUCAAGUGAUUUCAUCUCUGGAUGCUCAUAUAGAAAGCGGAUUGAACAGCGGCGUUCAUCUAAACACAGUAACCCAGUUACUUGAAAACAUGGAAAGCACUCAGCUUCGUGCUCUUCGAGAGUCUAAUAUAUCCCCUGUGGUAUAA